AUAAAUUUGAAAUUAAACAAACGGUUGAGCCAAAAUCAUAAAAAUCAAUUUAGAUAUGUUUAUCUGAAACCAUGGCAUUUCAAUCACUAGAAGAUCUUUUAAUACAGCAAACACAAAAAUUACAAGAUCUGGGAAAUGCCACAACACUGAUUCAAAGUAAAAGUUUCAUUCAAGAUGAAUUGGUCACAGCUUUUCAAGAUGUAAAUAAUAUCUCUUCAGGAAUUAAAGAUUUAAAGAAAAGCAUUCAAACAAUGAAAACCAACAAUGAACGCUGUAAGGAAUUAUUAACCAUCUUAUUAGCUUUGGAUCAACAAAUUAAACAUAUGGAAAAUAAUAUACCAUUAACAAUACAGGAAUAUGUUAACUCAGAAAUGCCAAUUCAUACUGAUGAAUCAAAACUGGCCUCUGAUUACCUAAAUAAUACAUUAAUUAAUAAUACGAUUAAUAAUGGCAAUACUACUAGUUCCAACCAUAUGACUGAAGGCAUGAAAAAUUGUAAGAAAAUAUUAUUCAAUGAACCAGAUAUUCCAUCUAUACUCCCAGUUAUCGAGGAUGAAUUCAGCAAGAUACCUAAAUAUAUUAUUGGACGCUAUACACUAGAAGCUCUGAAUAAUUUGAUAUCAAGUAUCAAUCAAAUUAUCAAAAGUAAAUAUUCAAUUAUUAAUUUAGGCAAAAAUGGUGCCAGAAAAAAAGGAGAAUUAGACGUAUACUUACAUUAUAAAAAGGAACAAAUGAGUCUAGGAACAGGAGAAGAAAAUACUUAUUUCUUUACAUCAGAAGAUUAUGAAAAAUAUGUAAAAACGAAACUUGAUAAAACAAAAUUAAAUUUAAUUAUAGCACUUAGACACUGCAAAAGAUUGAGAGAAAUUAGAACAGCUAAGACUGUAAACUAUGCACUAAUAAUACCUAAUGUUUAAUAGUUUUAUUUAAAAAAACAUGUAUCCAAAUCAGUUGAUAGUAUUACAUGCUUGAAUUAUGUGUAUGAAAUUGUAUGUUUCAAACUAGAUUUAUGUAAUUCUGAACUAAUAUAUCAAUAUAGAAUUUAUAAGUAGAUAAUCAAAGUCCACAUAGUGAUGUUCUUGUAGAAAUGGUUUCAUAGUUUCGACAUUGCAACAAGUAUACAUUUUUUUAUAUUUUUUUCAACUAGUUUUAUCUAACGCACUCAUUUCUUGUUUAUAUAUUUAAUAUACAGUUUGAUGCUUGAAUCAAAUCAAAACUGUUAUAAGGAAAAUUACAAAUUACCAAAUACACUUCCUAUUUAAAAUAAUUCAACAAUUUGAAAUGCUCAUGCAGUCAUCAAGAAUUUUUCCUUCAUAGAGAAGUCACAGAAUCUUGGUAAAAAACCGAUCUUUACUAGUUUCUUUUACAGUUAAUGUUGCACUUACAGGGAGUUGAUUUAUUUGAUUAAUAAUGAAGCAGUCAAAUUCGUCGAUUUUAGUUUUUCUUAUGCUAGGAAACUAAAUCUUAUCUAUGUGAUUUAAAGAUAGUUGUUAAUAGAGCUCUUGAACAAUAGUCUCCUUCGACAUUAGCUUUGGUAAGUUCAAAUUGUAGAUCGAAAUAAAGAUGCA